UUGUUUAAAAAAAGAAAUAAAUCUCUGGGCACUUUUUUCUCUGUUGGCAAUCUCUGGUUAAUAGAAAACAUGCUUAGUAAAUAGUAGUUUUCUGUGGCAUCUGAGGAAAAUGUACAUUUAAUGGUGAAUGAAAUCUUAUAUUAUGAGUUACUGUGAGAUAUAACAGUUGAUCUUACAGAUAUCAAAUUACAAUAUAUCCAUGCUGUGUUUACCAUGAUUUUACUGAGAGAACAACAGGAGCUGUCUUGAUUAUUGUCUGCAGGGUUAUUGCAGAAUCACAGCAACUGCCCCUUUAGUGGCGAGAUUAAACCUUUGGUUAUACACCAUCAAGCAUAUAAUAUUUUAAAUUUAUUUUAAGAGGCUUUUUCUUCAUGCCUGAAAGAUCGCCAAGCAAAUAAUUUAUAUUUAGUGUGUAUCAAAUGUUUUUAGUUUAAAUGCACAUAGGCUGCAAGCCCUGGAUAAGAGGAAAAAAAUCAGGGCAAUCUGUACACAUCAUCAUAUUAAAUUCUGACUAUCGGCUUGCAAAAAUAAUCUAAAACUAAUAUGUUUCAUUUAUGUUUAAAAUUCAGAGACUGCAUUAAUUUUCAAUAAGGGAAACAUUAUUGAAGUGCCUACUGGUGCUGCUGUAGUUAAGUUAGUCAGCAUUUACAUAAUACCCAUACUUUUGGGGGACUUUCUGCAGUGCCCAGACCAAUUUGGUACAGUGUGAAAAUCUGCAUCUACAUUCUUUCACAAAGAGGCAUUCUUUUUCAGAAAUAAACUAAUUGAGAGCCUUAAAAUUGGAACUGAUUUUUUACAAGUUUGGGAAGUUGUAACUGUUAUUUCCUUCCAUAUCUAUGGCUGAGGUUUGUAGAAUGGUGUGGGAAGGUUGGCAGCAGGAAGAAGGCUUGCUCAUUUAUUUGGUUUUGAGCAAACUCUGGCCACGAUCCUGUGAGUUUGGGGGACAGAGGCACAGAAUGUCAGAAGGAAAACCAAACUUACUGAUGUCUUCUAUGUAGAAGAGCAGUUUACAGAGCAGUCAUACAGCUUUUACUCUAAAAAAACUAUUUAAAAUUUAGUACCCUUAUUUAGAUCCUGAUUGUGCAAGAGUUGAGUGCUCUUGUUUCAACUGAAUAAUUUGUUCGUAUAAGACCUUUUAAGUAGUCAGUGACACAGAAGAAUGUUAAAUAGAAUUGGGUGAAUAACAAUAGGGUUUUAAAAUGCCCAACUUCAAUAUAUUUCCAUUAAAUUAUUUUCCAUUUUUUUAGUACACCUCUUGAGAUGUAUUUUUAAAGGCAUGAAUCUGAGGAUAGGUCUGAUUUAGAUGUGGUAUUUCCCUUGCCAGUGAUAUGAACACAGCUGAAGCCCAGCGCCCGUUCUCUCCAUGCAUGUGGUGACCAUGGACUGCGCACAAAAUGUAGCCGUGUACUCAAGUUGAACAGAGAGUUCUGCUUCCUUCCUUGACAGUAGCUCUGUAUCAACAGAGCUGUAUCAAUGCAUGAAAUUGAAUGACUGUGUUGGUGGCAGGCCCAUUUUGGAAGUGGCCACACUUGGCGAUCCCACAGUAGAGGCCUGACAGGCCAGAGGCAGUUGUUCCACCGAAUGCAGAGAUACAUCCUGCUCCUUCCCGAAUGUUUUUUCCCCAGCCUUGCUGUAGGGAGAGGUGGAUGGCCACAGCAGAGUGUGCUUCCAGAGGUUACCAGCGUAGAUGUGAUGAAUCGGGGCAGUCCAGCCCUGCUGUAUCUGAAGCGAGUGAUUUCUGCUGUACCCUAAUCAGAUUAUUCGGUGGCGGGCAGCAGUCAGACCUUAAAGGCAGUAUCUUCUUUCAGAUUAAUGAAGAAAUGUCAAGUGACUUUGAGCCAUUGAACGAUGGGAGUGCUUAAUCCUGCUCUAAGUGGGAGCAGUUUUUUUCCAUACAAUUCUUUUCCUAUGGAGUAUUCUCUCAUGGAAAUGAGGUCAAGGCCUUCAGUUUGGGGUCGCUUAUUUUUUAGUGAGCAGUCUGCAUCAUUGUCCUCUUAUCUGAAAAUGCAGAUCUCUGCAAGUCAGAGGCUGCAUUUUCUAAAUAUCAUUAAGUAAUCGUUGCUGACACCAAGUUGUCAUUGCACUGCUUCCCCCAAAACAUCUCUUGAGUUUUGUUGGGAUUCGUUUAUUUGGCCUUUCUCUUGAAGGAACUGAAUUACGUUUUCAACAUAAUGAGUUAAAUGGACAGAGAAACUAGCCUGAUGUGUUGCAAAGAUCUUCCAUCCAACCCAAGAAGUAGCAAACGUCUUUUGUGAAUUAGUUCUGUAGGAUGUUAAUGUCCAAAUGGUUUAAAAUCCUAAAUUCUUUGUUCAGGACCAGUUCGGAAACUUAAAAUAUGAAGUACUCCAGGUAUAAAGUAGUGUGAUUAUAGCAAAAUUCAGCUAUGAAAGAAAAUGAGACAAAACGGGAGUAGCAGAUAAUUUUUCAUAAUGAAUGCUGAAGAAGAUUUCACUCUGCUUAUGAAUCUAAGAAAAUCAAUGAUAAUAUUUUGAGAGUUGUGGUAUCAACUACAACAUUCAUUUUUCAGUGCAUUUAUAGAUUGCUUUCCUGAAUCAUCCUCAGAAAACCUGUAAUUUGCAUCUGGGGUCAGUGUUGUUAAGUGUGCUGCUCUGUGCUUUCUGUUGCCUUUUAUAGCAGAAUUUACUACCAUGUAUAGGAUGUUUACUAUUUUAAAGCACAAGUAAACAAUAUCAUCAAAGCUGACAUUUUUAUGCCAGCUACUUCAUGUAGGAGCUGAUUUCUAAUGAUCUUCAGGAUGGCAGUUGUCCAUUAAAAAGGCUUUUUCCAGCAAAAUCCAAGUCCUUAUGAGUUUCUUCAGAAAAGAAGGCUUUUUAGAAGGAGUACAGUAGCUUGUUUUGCACACCAAGGAAAAUCCCCGUAGCAAUUAAAAUGCCGCACAGGCCACCAAGGAGUCAGGUGUCUAUCAUGGGAAUAAUUGAUCCGAGUUCAUCAAGUCAGUUCUGUUUUGUAUGGCAACAUGUGGCUUCUGAAAAGCAAUAGAAGGAAUGCUCUGCUCCUGCGUUGUUUGCCAGGAUUUGAAGACAUUGCAGAGUUUGGGCCAGUCAGAUGAUCUUUCAGGAAUGUUGAUUGUUGAUAGGCCCAAAAAGUUAAUGUGAAAAUCAGAAUUAGUUAAAAUUUUGCCCAUUUAUGUCAGCCCAAGGAAAGGUAAUGAAUCAUUUAUAACAAAUGAUACUUUGAAGAAUUUGCCUCUUCUAAAAUAUUAACUUUCAGUUAUUUUUCUAAAUGUUGAUGGUGGUAUAAUGGUUGAACUUGGGCAUGAAGUGCGAUACACCAAAGCCUAGUGCGAGAACUGAUUUGUAGAACCGUAAAAACUCAAAUUCAGACAUACAUUCACCAGCUAAAAUAAUCAUAUCACCCCUACUUUAAUAUGCAUUAUUCUGAAGUAAUCUGAGCUAUUAUAAUUGUCAUCCCAAGUCUUUUUUUUUUUUUUUAACAAAUAACAUUAAUUUAUUGAGUGCAUGUGCUUAAGAGUAAAAUAGUUUUUCUUUGUAUUUUUGUGGUUAUGGAAUUAAUAGCAGAAAAAUAUUAACUCUGUGUUAGAUAUGAAAUGGAAUGAACUUCAAUUUGUCAACAGGAAGAAGGUGGAGAGUGAUUAUGAAGUUCUUCAGGAACGACUUCGUACGUUGCCUGAUAAACUGUCCUAUGAUAUCAUGGUACCUUUUGGUCCUCUUGCCUUCAUGCCAGGAAAACUUGUCAACACCAAUGAGGUUACUGUUCUGCUUGGUGACAACUGGUUUUCAAAAUGCUCAGCGAAGCAGGCUGUUGAGCUGGUCGAGCACAGAAAAAAAUAUGUAAGGAAAGCACUGGAUGAUUUGCAAAAAGUCAUGAAGAAUUUUGAAUCACGAGUUGAAUUCACAGAAGAUUUGCAGAAAAUGAGCGAUGCUGCAGGUGAUUUUGUUGACAUAAGAGAAGAAAUUAAAGACGAUAGCAUUGAAACAAAAGGUAAAUGAUUUAAUAAUAGAUAUACAUCUUGAAAUACUAAAGAGUAAAAUAUUCCUUAUGUUGAAUUACUGUGCCCUGUGUUGAAUUGACUGAAUAAUUUCAUUUUGUUGUAUCUUUCACAUUAAAAAUGGCUUCAUUUUCAUUGAAAAUGUGAGAAAGAACGUGUCCCCCAGUCCCACUAUGGGAUGCUGUAGCCUGCGUAGCCGCCAGCUGAAUGUGUAUAGGAUUUUCUUUUCCUUGAGGAGUCUAAGUUGGCAGUCGUGAGUUUUCUAGAAGAAAGAACUUAGAAAAUGAAAUAGCCUGGCUGCUGGAGAGGAAGUCUUGGGUGUCAGAGAAGAGUGAGGUUCCUGCAGAAGAAGUUCCUCUGCCUGCAACUUGGAAAGUAUAUGAGCAGUGUCAGCAGGGAGGGCAGAAGCACUGAUGGAGGAGUGAGACAAACGGUUUGGGUAAUCCUCAUCAUCCACCAGGCAUUUUGUGGCUGGUGGUGAAAAAGAUGUGAAAACAAUCUCGAUGUGCAGGCAUUGCUGGUGCACCAAAGCAGAUACUUUCUGAAGAUUUCUGGAGAGGACACUGGGAGGCGCAGAUAGUUGUGAUGAGGAACUGGAUGAUUUCUGUGCUAACUGAAGUGGUGCUUGAUAGAAAAGACUCGGGCAAAGCGGAGGAAGAAGUAUUUCCACAGUCUGAAAAUAGCUUUCGUUUGACAUUUUGAGAAGGAGCAGUAGUUUGAGGUUUGCAGGUGGCCAAACUGGGCUGUUCAUUGUUAUGUUUUCCUGGAAUAAAUCACUGUUCUGUAUAUGCUGGGACUGGCUGAAGGCACGUCUCUAUUCUGGUAUAUGUUGCUGCAAAACAGAAAAUGCUCUAGGAAGUGCAGCCAUUGUAACUUGCCCUCAGUGUUACUGCAGCAGCAUGCUGUGGGUGCCUGUGGGUGCUGUUUUACCUUCAUGUAGCUUUUCAUUGUACCCUAAAUUUCCAUCAGUAUUGUUCUCUGAAAUCAUCUUUGUUUUUGCUAAAGAUGUCUAAGUAGGAAGUGUGUACUUCUUCUAUUAGCAUUGAUCUUUACUGAGAUUGCGAGAGAUGGGCCUAAAAGAACAAUUUAUGGAUUAUUUUGAGGCAAGGCUGGGCUUCAUCAGCCUGUAUCUCUGAAGAGGACAAAAACAAGUAUCCCAAGCAUCUCAUUAGUGUAUUACUGACUCUGUUCUGUGGGAUUCUGCUUUUUUAGUUAGCGUAUGAAGUUACUGGUAGCGUUUUGUAGUAACAACAGUGAAUGAGCACAGUGUGUAGUGGAGCAGCAAGUGGAUAUCUCUGUUGUCUUUGAGCUCUGACCUGGUUUCCUAACUGGCAGAAUUUUUGUCAGAAUUAGAAGGGAAAAGUACCGGUGUGUAAAAGCACAGUGAUCAGGAAGCCAUGCAGUUACCUUAGCGGUCGAAUCAGUGGUUAGUGUUGAAGUGGAACGGAAAGAAAUUGGGAGGGCACAACCUGAAUAUCAAGUUGAAAUAGAUUGUUAAAUAAUCCUUCCAAAUUUUAUUUGUUAAUUUUGUAAUUAUACCAGUUGUAAUUUCACAAGCCAGAUUGAUUACUUAGCUUAUCUCAAUUUAUAUUUAAAUCUCAAUGGAAUACAUUUCGGCCUUUUCUUAAUGACACAGUGAAAAAUGCUGUCCUGUGGAAGAGUAGUGGUCACGCUUUCCAACAUGACUUACAGUCACCUGUUUGCUUUUUCGUGUUGCUACUGAAUUUGUAUUUAUCUCAGGAUUAAAGUACAAAUGGACAUAUUUGAAUAAGGAUAUCUUUAAACUGUAAGUUCGUAAAAUUAAUCCAGGCCACAUAAUCGAUUAAUAAAAAGAUAACUUAAAAUUUUAAGGAUGCUGAAUCAUGAAGACACUAUGUUACUGUUGAUUAGAAGCAAAAACAGCGUUCCAUAAAGACUGAGAUGAUGUUGGGAAUAUGUGGCAGUGGCAGAAGAGGAAGGUUUGGCUCUCCUGAAUGGGGGUUGGGAGCUGCUGAUGUACUGGGGUGGAGAAUGUCCUCCAAACCUGCCUAGGACCAGGCAGGGGAACAGGCUGUGCCCCAGAGGCAAGGGGGAUUCAGGAAGCAGUGCUGUCCUUCAGACAGACAACACUAAAACAUUGGUGUCUUCAGGCUGUUUGAUCCCUAUGUGCUAGACAGUAUGCAAACAGGAGGAAGUAUUCCCCAUCCUCAGAGCGUGCAUGGUUUGUCCAGGUAGCAAAGCUUUUAAGUGCCCUCAAAAACUUGUCUGUGACUAUUGUUUACUCACAGGAAUGUGUCUCAGGUCACUUCUGAGGCUUUAAUGUGGCUUAUAUGUAUUAUUUUUGAAAGACAAACUUUUGUGCAGUUUUCAAAGUGGGCCUUCUUCACUAAAAUUAUUUGUACCGACUACAUUUUGAUCAGAUUACUCUGGAGAUCAUUUGUGAUGGUCUUCAUUAUAAAUAAUAAUAAAAAAAAAGCAACCCAAAACAGAAGACUCUUUAAAUAUAUGACUUUCUCCAAAAUGAGCUAAAGUACAAACAAGAUUUGUUUUCUCAGUUAAUAAACUGUGCUAUUAAUGGGACUAUGAGCAAAUGUCACAUUGACAUGCUGUUAUCUAUCAGAUCAAAUCAAGGCAUGAGAGGUUA